UGGAGUUGACAUCCGUGAAGUUGGGAAAAUUUGUCGUGAACGCCGUAAAUAUUGCGAAAAAACAUGUGUAAAUGACUCUCUAUCGCUGAAAAUAGUUUGUGAAUGCAAAAUGUCUGCUGCACUCGAGCACUUUGUCAAUAAUGUACGCACACAGAGUGCUUCAGGAAACUUCCGUGAGUUGGUGGAGUCAUGCAACCAGACAACGGUAGUUCUAGCUAAAAACACCAACUAUCUCGAUAAUGUCCUCGAGACGCUGGACUUUCAGCAGCACUCUCUGGGCGUCCUGUACGUCCUGGUGGCCAAGUUCAGCAAUUUGACGGGAGCCCCAGAGGAGGCGGACAGCAUAAUUAGCCUUGUUAGGGAAUUCAUCUCGGUCUGCAAUGGAGAGCAGAUCCGCUUUGCGCCACAAACAUUUGUGGAGCUGUGCCACCUCUUCGCUGACUAUCUUGUGAAACACCAAAUUCCGUGCAUUCAGGGCAUCCCCAUUCUGGCGCAGGCCAUCGAUAAAAUCCGCUUGUUUGAGACACAAUUGACCGCCAUUCAUGCAGAUCUCUGUCAGCUCAGCUUUUGCGCCAAAGUCUUCAGUCCUGUGUUGAAAUUCUUGGACACUGACAUCACAGCGAUUGCCUCGACAGACGAUAGCAAUCACGAUGCCAAAUACUUCCUUCUGUAUUACUACUACGGCGGGAUGAUCUACACGGCGGUGCAUAACUACGACAGAGCCCUGUACUUCUUCGAGGUGGCCGUGUCCACGCCGGCGCUCGCCAUGUCGCACAUUAUGCUGGAAUCGUACAAGAAAUUCCUGCUCGUGUCGCUGAUUCUGCACGGCAAGAUCAUGCCGAUUCCAAAGUACUCGUCUCAGGUGAUUGCGCGCUUCAUGAAGCCACUCAGCCAUGCGUACCACGAGCUGGCGAACGCCUACGCCACGGCCUCCAGCGAGGAGAUGCGCAACGUGAUCAGCAAGUAUCGUGACACGUACAGGAAUGACACGAACACGGGACUGGUGCAGCAGGUGGCGCGAUCGCUGUGCAAGAAGAACAUCCAGCGACUCACCAAGACCUUCCUCACGCUGUCGCUGGCCGACGUGGCGAGUCGCGUGCAGCUGUCGGGGCCCGGCGAGGCGGAGGAGUACAUUCUCAACAUGAUCAAAUCAGGCGAGAUCUUCGCUUCGAUCAACCAGAAGGACGGCAUGGUGGUGUUCAAGGACGACCCGGAGAAGUACGACUCUCCGGACAUGUUUCUCAAAGUGCAGGACGACAUGGCGUGCGUGAUGGAGCUCAACAAGCAGAUCAUCAAGAUGGAGGAGGAGAUUAUGCUGAAUUUGAUGUACGUGAAGAAAUCGAUCGGGAAUCAGGAUGAAGACUUGAUUAGUGGUCAUUCAAAGUCCUUUGUUGGCGAUCCGAGUGAAUAGGCGAGGACCAGAAAAUGAGAUUUGUUAUGCAAAAUGCUGCGCGAGAUCCUAAAAUUUUCCCCACGAGGAUAGAUUUUUCUAACUGUAGAUGGUUUCAUU